AUGUCUCGGGUCGGCGUAUUUGGCCAAAUUUCCGAGAUCACGGACCAUCUGUUUCUGUCCGGUGCCGGCUGUUUGAAACCGGAAAAAAUUAAACAAAAACGAAUUGUAUUCGUUGUAAAUGCUACUACGGAAGAACCGAACUCGUAUAUUCAAGGUGUUGAAUACAUGAAAGUUCGAAUAGACGAUCAUCCGUAUGCCCGCAUCCAGGACUAUUUUGAUCAGGUCGCAGACAAAAUCAAAGCUGUCAAGGAUCGCGGUGGGAAGACUUUAGUGCAUUGCAUGGCUGGUGUUUCUCGUUCGGCAUCUCUGGUAAUGAUCUACCUCGUAAAACAUGAACGUAUGACCCUACGACAGGCCUAUCACUAUGUACGAUCAGCACGGCCGGUGAUACGGCCAAAUGUGGGCUUUUGGAAACAGAUGGUCGAUUUUGAAAGGCGACUUCGAGGUGUCGCCUCGGUAACGAUGGUGAUGACGAAUCAAUGCGACCUACCGAUUCCCGAUAUUUACGUGGAAGAUUUGAAACGAGCUCAAGAACGUGAACAACUACAGCAGAAGACGUCAAUAAGUAGUAACGGAAGCAGUUCGUUGAUUCGACCACCCGUACCGGUACUGUCAUCGACGAAACGGCGAGGAUAUUCAGCCAGGUAA